UAGUUUCAUUCCCCACGUCUGAGUGCAGGCGUACGUAAGACACACAGUAUCAUCCCUCCUCUAAUCUCUUUAUCCUGGUCAGGGUGACUGAGGAGACUCGUCUGCUGGACCCUCCGAACGCUCCACUCCUUCCAUCCCUCCGUCCCUUUUCUCCUUUUUCCCUCUAGACUCUAAACCAGUGAGGAUUUAAAGGGUCCCAGCUUCCACAGGAGUGCGUUUAUGGGAGGUUACUCCUCUGUUUCCAUGGAGAUGAGUUUGAUGGGCUGCUGGUGGAUCUAGGCCACAUAACCACGGGUGUUGGAUUAUCAGCUGCCAAAAGAAGAACAUCUCCAUGGCCAAGGUAGCACCGUUACUCCCACACCAAGUCUCCAGAUUAACUCCACCCUCCAUAGUUCUACAAGAUAUGGACGAGGAGCCAGGUGAAGUCGGUGCGCAGGACAGAGCCUCCCAAAAAGCUGGACCGGGGUUUCUCUUCAACGUCAAUAACAGCAACAACAAUGAAGAAGAGGAGGAGAAGAAGAAAAAGAAGAAGGAGAAGAAAGAAAGGAAAGAGAAAAAAGAGAAAAAGGAGUAAAUUUGAGUCCAUAUCCAGAUAUAUAGAUUUUCACAUAAAUCUCAAUAUAUUUCAGCUUUAAUGAACACUGAAAACUGCUUAUUUGUAAUUAUCUCUCCUAGGAAAGAAAAAAAGGAGAAAAAAGAGAAGAAGGAGAAAAAGCAGAAAGAGAAAGAAGAAAAAGAAAAGGAGAAGGAGAAAGAGAAGGAGAAAGCCAAGGAGGCCCCUCCCAAGGAGAUCACAGUGAUUGAUCCUGCAGGAAACAUGUACUACUACUGGCUGGGUGUGAUCACUAUCCCUGUCAUGUACAACUGGACCCUGAUUAUAGCCAGGGCAUGUUUCGAGGAGUUGCAGACUGACUACUUGAUCUUUUGGUUCCUCCUGGACUUCCUGGCAGAUCUCAUCUACCUUGGUGACAUGGUCUUCAGAACUAGGACCGGUUACCUGGAGCAGGGUUUGCUGGUGAAGGACGAGCUGAAGUUACGUGAACGGUACAUGAAAAGCUUUCAGUUCAGACUGGACCUGGUGUCCAUGAUUCCCACUGACGUGUUCUACCUUGCCAUCGGUGUCACCUACCCCGAGAUCCGCCUCAACAAACUCUUCAGGUUUAACAGGAUGAUGGAGUUCUUCCAGCGCACAGAAACCAGGACAAACUACCCCAACGCUCUGCGUAUCUCCAACCUCGUCAUGUACAUCCUCAUCAUCAUCCACUGGAAUGCCUGUCUUUACUACUCUUUUUCCAAAGCCAUCGGUUUCGGCUCUGACAGGUUUGUGUAUCCUGACCCGACCGAUCCAGAGUUCGGUCGUCUGGUGAGGAAGUAUGCCUACAGUAUGUACUGGUCCACGUUAACACUCACCACCAUUGGAGAAACACCACCACCUGUAGAGAACUCUGAGUACUUCUUCGUCGUCACAGACUUCCUGGUGGGUGUGUUGAUUUUUGCUACCAUUGUCGGUAACGUUGGCUCCAUGAUCACCAACAUGAAUGCUGCCAGAGCUGACUUUCAGGCUCGCAUUGAUGCCAUCAAACAGUACAUGAGUUUCCGAAAGGUAACAAAAGACCUGGAGAAGCGAGUGAUCAAGUGGUUUGACUUCCUGUGGACCAAUAAGAAAGCAGUAGAUGAGAGGGAAGUGUUGAAAUACCUCCCUGACAAACUGAGAGCUGAGAUCGCCAUCAACGUCCACCUGGACACACUGAAGAAGGUCCGUAUCUUUGCGGAUUGCGAGGCUGGUCUGUUGGUGGAACUGGUGCUAAAACUACAGCCUCAGGUCUACAGUCCUGGAGACUACAUCUGUAAGAAGGGUGAUAUUGGCAGAGAGAUGUACAUCAUCAAGGAGGGAAAACUAGCUGUCGUUGCUGACGACGGUGUCACGCAGUUUGUUGUUCUCAGCGACGGAAGCUACUUUGGCGAGAUCAGCAUUCUUGCUAUCAAAGGCAGUAAGGCAGGAAACAGGAGGACAGCUAAUAUCAGAAGCAUCGGUUACUCCGACCUGUUCUGUCUUUCCAAAGACGACCUGAUGGAAGCCCUGACAGAAUAUCCUGAUGCUAAAGCUCUGCUCGAGGAGAAAGGAAGGCAGAUUCUAAUGAAGGAUGGGCUGCUGGACCUCGAGGUGGCAGCGCAGGGCCCAGACCCCAAAGAGAUCGAGGAGAAGGUGGACCGGAUGACGAGCACCCUGGACUCCCUGCAGACCCGUUACGCCCGGCUGCUGGCCGAGCACGAAGCCACUCACAGCAAGCUCAAACACAGAGUCACCCGGCUGGAGAAGAAGUUGGUGCCCCCACAAGCUGAUCCGUCAGGUGAAGCUCCACCCCCAACACCUGACAUAGAGGCAACCAAAUAAGAGGAGAAGUAAGGAGAAGACAACAAAGAAGAGGACUGGAGUGUUCGAUUUUAGAGCUUGAGUCAGCUCGAUGGGUGGAGAUCAAGAUGUUUGAACCUCAGGUGGAAAGUUGGAGGAGUUUCUGUUAAAGUUUUGAAGACAAAUUGGAAAAAAGAGGACAAAAUCUGUUUCUUGCAUUCAGAUUUAUGUAACAUCACUUCACAUGACAUCUUCUAGAGAUAAACUUCUCUUCGUAAAGUAUCGACCACCUGCUGGAUUUGUGAUGUCAGCACUUACAACUGGAAGUGGAGCUGACUCCAGAUUACACUCAGAGAGCACAAGAAGGACAACUAGGCCUCAAAAGAACCUAAUGUGACACCAUGUAGAACUGUUUCCAUGUUUAAGUUGUAAAACAUUGUAAUGUAUAUAAAUAAUGAGCAGUAACUUUUCUGGAUGUUACAGAGGUUGUUCAUAGUUCAAGCUUUUGCUUUGCAGCAGUGACUCCUAAAGUGCGACGCGGUGCCUCCCAGUGACCCUUGAAAGAACUGCAAUGUUCAAUUUUGUAAUUACAAAAACAUUUUUUAAGAGAUGAUUUAAAAACAGCCAUGGGAUUUAAAUUGCACCUAAUAUUUUGUCAUUUACAGUUCAACUAAAGCAGUGGCUAUCACACGGGAAAGGAAUUUAAAGCUUUAAGGUGAAUUUGGGGUGAGGUACAGAUGAUUUGAAGAUCAGCCCAGUUUGUCCCAGGGAAAAACCCAACAUUAUUAAAUGUGUACAUACCAAAAAUGGUCAUACAUGAAGCCUUUGCUGUUUUCUACCACAGCAUACUAUAAUCCUUUCUGACUGUAAUAAGUACUGUCAUUUACUAAAUAAAUAUUUUUUAUUCAUUAAGACUUCAAAGUAUCAGCUCCCCCCAUAAACACACUGGGAGCAUGUUUACUCAGGUCAGAGUGGGAAGUAGGCGCCACACAAUCAGGCUAUAGGAGUUGCCCCCUGCUGGCUAUUAGAAAGAAUGCAGGUGCAUCAUUUUUCAUACUGGGCAGCUGCAUCCAUCUUUACAUAUACAGUCUGUGGUUAGCUGCUGCACACCUGAAUAAACCCCAGACUCAAAGCAUGUAAUGCUCUCUACAUCCAUCGCCUUUUUUAUGCUGCGACUUGUGCUUUUUAAACUAUGCAAAAAAUAUGAAUGAUAAUUAUGUUGAAUCUGGAACAAAAAGCUGAAAUAAAGAUAUUUUAUAA